CAGCGCGAUUGCAAGCCGCGAAAUUCGUACUUCGACAAAGCAUGUCAGCUGAAUUCUAGUCAUAAAAUCUACUUUAGUGGAUAUCCAGGCAUAAGAAUUUUUUGUUAUUUUUUUAACGGAGGAGUUUCGCUCAUGAUUCGCAUGUAGUGGCUGUUAAACUGAUACAAUGAUGGCUGCACCUAGACAAGUCACUACAACAUCCACAGGCAAUUUUCCUCAACAAAUGAUGACUCCAUCUGGACAAAUCAUUGUAACGUCCAUAGGUAAUUUUCCUCAACAAAUGAUGACUCCAUCUGGGCAAACCAUUGCAACAUCCAUAGGUAAUAUUCCUCAACAAAUGAUGACUCCAUCUGGGCAAAUCAUUACACUGGCCCCAGGUAAUAUUCUUCAACAAAUGAUGACUCCAUCUGGGCAAGUCACUGCAACAUCCACAGGUUGUUUUCCUCAGAAAAUAAUAUCUGUAUCAGGAAAAUCUGCAAAUAUUGCCAAUCAGUCUGACUUAAUGCCAAUUCAUGCUGAUCAAGCUCUCAUGCAAUAUGGAAUAGUUGCAAAUCAACAGUCUGUUUCUAGUCCUAAAGCAGUGACAAGCAGUCAAAAAGAAAAAAUGCAUAUGUUUCAAAAUCAACUGAUACCUUUGCAACCUAAUACAGUUUAUGUAUCCACUAUGCCUGUUCAAUCUUCAACUCAAAGAUUUAAUGGGAACAAUGUCAGCGAAAUAUUAUCACAACCUCAAGUUAUGACUACUCAAGCUUCUGGGACUAUGUUAAAUCAAGCUCAGUUACUAGGCAUACAAGCAAUAAGUCCUUUACCACCUGAUUUACCUUGGACACACUUUCAACCUAAUCAGAAUCCGUUUAUCAUUUACAACCAGCAAGCAGGUAUGGCUGCUCAGCAGUUUCAGCCCCAAAUGGCAAUGCAUUUGCCAGUAGGCACUGCUAUGCUGCCUUUUACACCAACUCCAGCAACUGUAGCUACACAAAAACAAAUACUGCACAAAUCGAUACCAAUAAAGAAAAAUGUAAUAAGAAAUAUUUUGCCGAGUCCAUCUCCAUCAAACCUUUCAUCGGCUACUGUAUCUUCUCAAAUGAACCGGGUACCAUCCAUUCCUGUGCCACAACAGAUGACUACAAACAAUCAUAUUUACCAUAAUCCAGUACAAUUUUACCAUGAUAAAACAAAAUCUACUGGAAUAGAAAACAAAGCUGUGUCUAAAAUUUCAACAACUCAGAAAUCUCAAGCAACAGUCGCUCCUUUCCCUCAAAUUUUGCAAACAACUAAUUCAUCAACAUCAACAAUAAUUACUGCUGUGCCAGUGACAUAUUCUAUUUUGCCAUUUGGAUCUUUUACUGUUGCAAGUUCUUCCACAAACACUCAAACGGCUGUUACAUAUGCUCAGAUGAACCAGGCAAUAUCCAUUCCCAUAAAACAGCGAUCUAAUGCAAGCAGUCAAACCUACCAAAUUCCAGUACAAGGCAUUAAUUAUCAAACAACAAAUGGAAUAGAAAGUAAAUCAGUGUCUAUUGAGACUAAAAUUUCCUUACCUCAGGAAUCGCAAACAACAGGCGCUCCUUUUUCUCAAAUUCUACAGACAAGCAAUUCACGAACAUCACUAAUGGCUUCUGUAGCAUCUUCUACUUUGAAUAUUGAAUCAUCUGCUGAUGCAAGUACUUCUCCAUCAAACAUUCAAACUGUUGCUGCACAUACUCAAAUAAACCAAGUAUCAUCCACUUCUGUGGCGCAAGAGAAAUCUAAGGCAAAGGAUCAAAUUUGCCCAAAUCUAGUUCAAAUUGUCAAUGAUAAAAUAAAAUCUGAGAUAGAAAGUAAGUCAGUAUGUGUUGAAACCCCACGGAAAUUGCAAACAAUGAUUGCUCCUUUUGCUAAUACUUUGCAAGCAUGUGUUAUAUCAACAAUAGAUGCUGUAUCUGUUGCAUCUUCUGCAUCAACCACUGCUUCAUCUACUAUGUCCGUCAUGGUUGGGUCUUCAGUUCAAAUGGAUACUUCCUUUUCAACUAUUGAUACUACUACUUCUAGUAUAUCAACUAUUCCUCCAGUUCCAUGUUUGACAAAUAAGGAAGUAUCUGAUUUUAACUUACAAUCAUUGUCUAAAUCGCAUAAUGAAGCUAUAGGUAUUUCACACCAAAUAAAAACAGUACAAUCUGGGAUGACUACUGAACAUGUGAAAUCUCGGCAAGCAGUGCAGGAGCCAUCUUUGAAGCAAGCUAAACAACCUCAGAAAGCUAUUGUUAAACCACGAAUGCUAACUCAUGUCAUUAAUGGAAUUGUUAUUCAAGAAGGCUUGGAACCAUUUCCAGUCAGCAAGCCCCCAUUAUUAGAUUUACCCUAUAACACAUUAUUACCUGCUAAGAAACUUGAGUCACCAAAAGAAAAGGAAGAUUCCCCAAUAGUUUCCAAUUCAGAAAAUAAGAGAAUUUUGAGGCCUCGAGGUAUUGUGGAAAUGGUUAAUUGUGAAUUUUGUGGAAAUUUAACACCCGAAUUCAGAUACAAGCGUUCAAAAUAUUUUUGCUCCAAAUACUGUGUUAAACUAUUUGAUAAGGACACUAUCAAACAUGUAGGAAUGCCAGCUUUAACAGUUCCAAGGCAUGUGGGUUCAGGUAAUCGGGGUCGUAAAAGAAAAAAGUUCAGAGGGAGAAGAUAUAAACAAAUAGAGUCACUUAUUGAAGAAGAGAACACAAAGACCAGUAUAGCCUUGGAAACUUCAAUACCUGAAAAUGGAACAACAGUAUCUUGCAACACAAAUGAAGAUAAUUCUGCACCUCUAUCUCAUAGUCUUCAUCAAAUUCCGAUGGAAGAAGAUGAAUUAAAUAAUGAAGUGGAUACAACUUCAAUACCUAAAAAUGAAACAACAGUAUGUUACAACACAGAAGAAGAUAAUUCUAUACCUCCAUUAGAUGGCCCUCAUCUAUUUCCGAUGGAAGAUGAAUCAAAUAAUGAAGUGGAAGUGGAAACAACUUCAAUACCUGAAAAUGAAACAGAGGUUUGUUGUAACACAAAGGAAGAUAAUUCUAUACCUCCAUUGGAUGGCCCUCAUGAUUUUCCGAUGGAAGAAGACGAAUCAAAUAAUGAAGUGGGAGUGGAAACAACUUCAAUUCCUGAAAAUGAAACAGAGGUUUGUUGUAACACAAAGGAAGAUGAUUCUAUACCUCCAUUGGAUGGCCCUCAUCAAUUUCCGAUGGAAGAAGACGAAUCAAAUAAUGAAGUGGGCGCAGAAACAGCUUCAAUUCCUGAAAAUGAAACAACAGUAUGUUACAACACAGAAGAAGAUAAUUCUGUAUCUCCAUUGGAUGGCCCUCGUCAGUUUCCGAUGGAAGAAGACGAAUCAAAUAAUGAAGUGGGAGUGGAAACAACUUCAAUACCUGAAAAUGAAAUAGAGGUUUGUUGCAACAGAAAGGAAGAUAAUUCUAUACCUCCAUUGGAUGGCCCUUAUCAAUUUCCGAUGGAAGAAGACGAAUCAAAUAAUGAAGUGGGAGUGGAAACAACUUCAAUACCUGAAAAUGAAACAGAGGUUUGUUGUAACACAAAGGAAGAUAAUUCUAUACCUCCAUUGGAUGGCCCUCAUCAAUUUCCGAUGGAAGAAGACGAAUCAAAUAAUGAAGUGGGCGUACAAACAGCUUCAAUUCCUGAAAAUGAAACAACAGUAUGUUACAACACAGAAGAAGAUAAUUCUGUAUCUCCAUUGGAUGGCCCUCGUCAGUUUCCGAUAGAAGAAUACGAUUCAAAUAAUGAAUUUGGAGUGGAAACAGCUUCAAUACCUGAAAAUGAAAUAGAGGUUUGUUGCAACACAAAGGAAGAUAAUUCUAUACCUCCAUUGGAUGGCCCUCAUCAAUUUCCGAUGGAAGAAGACGAAUCAAAUAAGGAAGUGGGAGUGGAAACAACUUCAGUAUCUCUAAGCGAAAUAACAGUAUGUUACAACACAGAAGAUAAUUCUGUACCUCCAUUGGAUGGCCCUUAUCAAUGUUCAAAUGGAGAAGACGAAUUAAAUAAUGAAGUAGGAAUGCCAAAAACAGAUUUAUCUCAAAAGUUACCUAACGAAUGGACGUCACUUGUUGGAGAUGAGAACACAAAGGCCAGUAUAGCCCUGGAAACAACUUCAGUACCAGAAAAUGAAACAAUGGGGUGUCGCAAUACAACGGAAGAUAAUUCUGUACCUCCAUCGGAUAGCCCUCAUCAACUUCCGAUAAAAGAACACGAAUCAAAUGAUGAAGUGAGAGUGACAAAAACUGAUUUCUCUCAAAAGUUGCCUAGUAAAUGGACGGUAGAUGAAGUAUUUGAAUUUGUUCAAAACUUUCCCGAUUGCUCUGAAUAUGCUGACAAUUUCAAAUCUCAGGAAAUCGAUGGCCAGGUGUUGCUACUUUUGAACGAAUGUCAUCUAAGGACAAAUUUAUGCAUGAAGCUUGGACCAGCAUUAAAAUUGCUAUCUCAAAUCAGAAGAAUGGAAGAGAAACUACAGUCGCAGCUGCCUGACACUUUAGUUGUUUAAAUCACAGCGAAAUAGGCCUUUCAUUUUAUUAUUAAACCGGUGAACCAAUCGCUUUUGAUUUAACCGAGUUGUUACAUUUGAUACUCAUCCCAGUGCCUAACAAAUAUAAACCGAUUAUUUAUGUAAAUAAAUCUGAAACACCUAAAAUUUUGUGUUCUAUAUAAAUUUAAACUGUUUAUUAAGUUUUCAUCAAAUUUUGAUGACAAAUACUGUUAAGAAUUAGGAAGAUUUUAAUGAGGUUACCUCCAAGUUUUAAUUAAUUAAAAACUUCUAUUGCAUAUGCACUGCAUUGUAAAAGCAAAAAAUAAACCAUUGGAGCUUCAAACAAUUGUUUAAUGCAUUGAAUUUAACUCUUAAAUAUAUAUUGUUGCCGUCUACAUCCAGUUCCACUUAAUUUUAUUUAAAAACCUGAGUGCUUUUGUUGAGUGUGCUGAGUGAGUGCUAACGCACGUUGAUAACCAUAGAAUUUACUUUUACAUUUGAAUGUGGGUGGGUGGGUGAUGAAGUUCAGUGUGUUACCUGAAGAGAUAGUUUCUAUUGUCGAGUUCCCUAUAACGGAGUUAUCUGUCUAAUAGUUAAAAAAGUACUUCGGGUCUGUUAUCAGGUAAGCUAUCAAUGUUUGAUGUUGUAUUUGAAAAUUAUAUUAGAUACAAGUUAGAUUUUAGGGAAAUACUGUAUGUUGUUAAAACUCUACAUACAACUUUUUUCAAAAUAUACCAUAUUAU